GGGCAUUUGAUCAGCUCUUCUGACAAUUGGACACCACCCUUUGUUAUAAAAAGGGACCCAUCGAUAGUCAGAUUUUCUUUUUCAGUUUCGUUCCCAAGACGCUCUUAUACGAGGAUCCGCUGAUAGUGGAUUAACCCCGUUUAUAAACAUGUCUUCUCCACGGAAAGGGCAUCCAGGAGGUAUCGAAAAGAUUCUAUACCAUAAGGGAUGAAUCUACUACGCAUGUACAGGGCUUUUGCCCUCGCGGUGACACCAUUACUUAUUAGCUUAUCUGCUACUAAUACUUCUGAUAAGCACAGUUGUCGAUGCCGACCAUACGAGCCUUGCUGGCCUUCCAACGAGUCCUGGGAUCGCCUUAAUGCUUCCAUAAAUGGUAACUUAGUUGAAGUUCAGCCAGUGGGCUACGUAUGUCACGGCAACACAUUCGACCAGGCUGCCUGUGAUAAUGUAAAGCAGUUAUCGAGAAAUGCUAUAUGGCGAGCUGCUCAGCCGGGCGCCCUUCAAUGGUCAAACUUCGAGACUUAUGCACCGAGGAAUGAAUCGUGCUAUGUGGACUCGCCGAAAGAUACAGUUUGCGGACAGGGGCGAAUUUCUCGUUAUGCUGCUGAAAUCGAGACCCCGGAAGAUGUGCGAGCUGCCUUAAAGUUUGCGAGAAAGCACAACAUCCGCCUAGUCGUUCGAAAUACCGGUCAUGACAUGGCUGGUAAAUCAAGCGCCCCGGAUUCUCUGCAAAUUGCCACUCAUCGACUCAAGCAAAUCGAGUAUGUAUCGGACUUUGUCCCUAGCGGCGCGAAUGCCCAUAGCCCUCGUGGGCCUGCAGUCACCAUGGGUGCGGGUGUAUUAGGAUUGGAACUGUACACCGCGGCAGCAGCGGGCAAAUACCUCAUUAUCUCGGGUGUUUGUAGCACAGUGGGCACUGCGGGUGGAUAUAUCUUAGGUGGUGGCGCGUCCACACUAAAUCGACUUUUUGGAUUGGCCUCAGACAAUGUUCUUCAGUUCACCAUGGUUACGGCAGAUGGAAAACUGGUCGUGGCGAACGAGUUCCAGAACGAAAAUCUGUUCUGGGCCCUGAAAGGCGGCGGCGGCGGCACCUUUGGGGUAGUUAUGAGCGUCACGGUCCGUGUCUAUCCAGACGUUUCCGUCGUCAAUGCUCUCUUAACUAUCACCCAGCCCGCUGGGAGCGAGACGUUCUGGGAAGCUGCGCGCGACCUUUUCGCUGCGCAGCCCGCUCUAGCCAUAGAACACAAUUACAUCCGAGUCGCCGUGUUUCCAGUUGCAUCUGAUGACCCGUCUAUGGGUACUCUCUUAGUGGAAGGGAGACUGUUCAAUGCCACUGUGAAUACGACCGACGAGAAAUUUGCUCCAUUGCGCGAAGCCCUCGACAGUGCUGGUAUACCCUAUGAAUACCAAUCCGAGCAUAUCCCCAGCUACAGCUCAUAUCUAACCAGGCCCCUCUACAUCGAACCAGCUGGCGGGGGCACCGUCCACGGCUCGGUCCUGGUAUCAGAACAGCUCUACCAGAGCGCUGACGGACCGUCGAAGCUAGCUGAAGUCGUCUCCAAGCUACAACUAGGGCCAGGGAGCCUGAUUGAAAGCAGCACGUUCGGCGGUGGUCAGGUCGCGGCGAACAAAGACAUGGUCGAUAGCGCCGUGCACCCCUCAUGGAGGGAGGCACUGUCACUGAUCGAUCUGUACGUCAAUUUGCCCAGUAACUCUAGCUUUGAGAUGCAGGACAAGGCUCAGGCUUUGUUGACUGGGGUCCAAAUGCCACUCCUGCUUUCUUUGGAGGACGGGCGAAUGGCGUCGUAUGUGAAUGGCGCGGAUUCCCUGCAGGAGAAUUUCCAGUGGCAGCUAUGGGGGGAUAACUAUGAGCGGCUGUAUCAGAUCAAACAGGCUUGGGACAAGGACGGGCUUUUCAUUUGUAAGGUGGGAGUUGGGAGUGAGGCUUGGGAUGAAGAGGGGAUGUGCAGAACGAAGUCGAGUGAUUAGAUUGGCCAUCAGAUGGAACUCAUGGAGACGUAGUACAGGCAGCAGUCAGUCAGAUAAGAAUCAUAUC